CUCUCUCUGGCACUGGGGUUCCUAAUCCUUUGCUGAUCCCAUCUUGAUGAGAUGCUGUCAGGCUGGCGGUUGCUGGAAGGGCUAAACCGCCCCCAAAGUGAGUCAUCUCUGGAUUCCCCAGGUGCAGUGAAGCUGCAGGCCCUGUACAACUACCAGUAUAAGUCCGAGGAUGGGAAGCGAGUGAGCAUUGCGGAAGGCGAAUUCUUCCAGCUUAUGCGCAAGGCCAAUGAGGACUGGUGGCAGGUGCGGCGGCUCGGGCAGCCCAAGCAGAAGCGGCCCAUCUUUGUGCCUGCCACCUAUGUGGCCGAAGUGCCCCCUGGUGCCAGGGCAGCCCCACAGCAAAACAGUGCGUUGCAUCCUGGCGUUGGUGCAGAAGAGGAUGACUUGGAAAUGCUGUCGUAUUCUCUGGAGGACCUAUAUACACGAUCUCACCCGCCGUCUCCCCGCACGGGAUUUGCGUCCUGCCACAGCCUCCCUCUACCCAUGGUGGGAUCCCAUUACCCCACUCUUGGCAGGAGACACAGCAUGAGCGGCUUGUCCCAAACCGGCAGGAUGGGCGGAACGCAAGAGCAAAGUUCAAAGGAGGAGCUGGCGAUGAUGAAGGGGAGCUACCCAGGGAUGCUGGAUGAUACUCACCUGCCUCCCCCUGGUCCCACUGGGAAUAAGCCCCCGAUUUAUUGCAAUCUGGAGGAGAUGAAACAACCAGCCACAAUGCCUGCCAGCCCUCGUAGCCCUCCACUACAGGUGCUUGAAAGCUGGGAACAUCACAUAGAUUCCAACUCCCUGCGCAGUUACUUCUACAAGCCAGAGACGGGCGAGAAGUCGUGGAAGCCACCGCGGAGGGUCCUAGAGAUGAGCUUGGUGCAGCCGGAGGGACGCGGCCCCGCGGCCCCCGCGGAGCCUGCUGCGGCUGAGCCCUCGGACAAAGCGGAAGGAGGCGGCGCGGGGGGCGAGCAGCCCGCUGGUCCGGGGCUCAGCACCAGGGACAGGAAGCUGGGCUACACCAGAUCCAUGGUGCUGCCAGAGUCCCGGGUGCCCAAGGGAAGUCAUCGCAGGAACCUUUCCCAACACAGCUGUGAGGCCUGGGUAGAGGAAUACUCGGCCUCAGCACCUGCCAAUGGUUCCCCGGCGCACGGCCCUGACCUGCUGCAUGUGGUGGAGAAAUCUGGACAGCUGAACAAAACCAAGAUUGCGGAAGGAGGCCGGAAACUCAGAAAGUGCUGGGCACCUACAUGGCUGGUGUUGGCUGGGAACAGCCUCAUGUUCUACAAGGAACCCAAGGUGGCAAGUGCAUGGACUCCGUCUGGUUCCCGACCUGAAAGCAGCGUGGAUUUGCGUGGGGCCCGCAUUGAUUGGGCCAGGGACCUGUCCAGCAAGCGGAAUGUCAUCCAUUUUCGCACGGUGACCGGCAAUGAGUAUCUCUUGCAAUCAGAUAGUGAGGCUGUCAGCCAAGACUGGUACCAAGCGAUCAAAGGGGUCAUCCGCAGGCUGGAUGAAGAGAACCCUCUUGAUGAGCCACGUCUGUACCCGCUCUGCCGGUCCAACAGUGCGGACCUCGUGGAUCUCAGUGCUGAUGAGGAAGAGGAGCCGGGACUCCCAAAGGGCGAGACGCAGGCAGCCCCUGCUAGUCCUGACAGAGCCUACAAGAAACGGGUCAAGAGCAAGCUGAGACGGUUCAUUGUCAAGCGGCCACCCCUGCGGAGUUUGCAGGAAAAAGGACUGAUCCGAGACCAGGUCUUUGGCUGCCGACUAGAAGCCCUGUGCCAACGGGAAGGGGGCACAGUACCACGUUUUGUCCAGCAGUGCGUGGAAGCUGUGGAACAAAGAGGUCUGGACGUGGAUGGAAUCUACAGGGUCAGUGGGAACUUGGCCAUUAUUCAGAAGCUGAGAUUCAUAGUUGAUCGUGAACGGGCAAUCACGUCAGAUGGGCGCUAUGUCUUCCCAGAGCAACGUUGCCAAGAGGAGAAGCUGCAGCUGAGUGACCCUCAAUGGGACGAUGUGCACGUGCUCACGGGGGCCCUCAAGCUUUUCUUCCGGGAGUUGCCUGAACCACUGGUCCCGUACAGCCUUUUUGAUGACUUCAUAACUUCUGUCAAGUUGCCUGACUCAAAGGAGAGAGUAUCCAAGUUGGUGGGGUUGAUCCAGAGCCUCCCCCAACCGAACCGGGACACAUUGCAUUACAUACUGGUGCAUCUCCGCAAAGUGAUGGAGCACUCAGGUGUCAACCGGAUGACAACACAGAACAUUGGCAUUGUCUUUGGGCCGACCCUGCUGCGACACGAACGUGACGUCGCCAGCCUGGUGGAGGGCAUGGUGUACCAGAACCAGGUGGUGGAACUGCUCCUCAACGAAUUUCCUAGCAUCUUUGUGGCCCCCGGUGCUGAAUGACUUUGCCGGUACCUAUCUCAGAUGCUGAUGCCUGAUGGCGGAUCAGCUUGUCCUGAAUCAAGCAAGCUGUGUAGCUCUGUGCACCACUCACCUGGUUAUUGCUAUUGGACUGGCAUAGCUUGGCGUCAGCGUUUUGGGCUCUGGUUUAUCAGCUGGUUUGGGCCUCUGCAAGAUCAUCCUCCAGGAUCUUGAGGCUGAGUCAAAGGUAGAAGCUGGUGCACCCUAGUGAAGCGGUUUCUUAAAGUUUGCCAUACACACAAGUGAAACAGAGCUUUUUUGAGUCUCUUGCAGUGUAGCUGAGACAAAAUGAAGAAAAAAUGACCUGACUGGCAGCACUUGGGCCAAGGAACUGGCUAUGACUGCUUACGUAUGGAUUCCAGGGAAGAGAAAUCUGUGAAAAGUAAGAAGCUACCCAGUAAGCCUAUUCCCCCAAGACCAUCAAUCAGCCAUCAAUUAUUCUACAUCCCAUUCCUCGUCCCCUUGAGGUGGCCGUUUUGUUCUCUCCAUGUGGCCCGGUGUUCUUGAGGUGCCAGGAUUCUUUGAUUGGUCUUUCGUCCCUUCAAUAGCAGUGUACCAACUCAACAUUGUGGCUUUGAAACCAUAUAGCAAAGCAAGUCAUUAGGACAAGGGGUGGGCAACCUGAGGCCCCCUGGCCCAAUUCCACGUGGCCCUCAGCCUAAUUUCAAAAGCCUUCUGCCAUGCGAUCAGUUCAGACCGCUAGCAAGAAAGAACUGUGUCUUCCCUGGCAGGGGAAGGAAAAGGGAGAGAGGGAAAAGGGAGUGGCAGAAAGAAAAACACACACAUGGGCGACUCACCCACAUUGGCUGUGGCCCCAACCCUACGUUAGGUGGUCCCUCUUUCUGCUAGGCCACAUCUAUAUUAAAAAAGAAAAGUAAAACCAGUUGGAAAUUGCCAUGGUUUCCUGCAAAGGUCCCUGGGAACUAUAGUUCCAUAAGGGUGCUGAGUGAAUAGUUCUGUGUGAGCGAUUCUCAGGCCUUUCACAGAAUUACAGUUCUCAGAGUUUCUUGGUUCGGAGACAUGACAUUUAGGACACGUUUGAAAACUGGCUUAAACAUGGAGCGUCUGCUCUGUUGCCGUGGCUCUCGGAACCCUCGGUUCAUAGCUUAUUAUGGUAUGCAAUUCCUGCACCCUGCUAUUUUGACUUUCUCAGUGAGUAGUAUUUGCUGAAGGGAAGCCUGUAAUAAAAAAGUAUUUCCAGAUAACCCAUUCCCUUUCUAUUGUUUGGGGCAGAAUCUGGGAUUUUGAAAUUC